GUCAAUACACUUAAAAAUGGAUGGUCCUCUGUCGUUUUUCCAAGCCGAUCCCGCCUGUCUGAUCCUCAUUGUCCUGGGACUGUCUCUGGUUGAGUACAUAUUGAACAAUUGGUCCGAUGCGAAUAAAGAUGUUGCCGACUAUCCCCAAGAGUUCACAGUUUCCACCAGGAAGAGCAAACGGUGCGAAAGUGAGACUCCUUUGGCCAGAAACUGUGGUUUGAGACAUCUGCAGCUGCGGCAUCGUGCAAAACUUUUACCUGGCGUCAAACGGCGGCUUGACCUGCAGUUCUAAAACACAACACAUUAUGUUUAACAUAUACGCAUAAAUAAUUAGCCUUAAGAAAUUAAAAUAUUACUAAUAUAAUACAAUUAUACGGUCAAAUAA